GUUCGCGUAAGCUUUCGUACGCUUUCGCACAAACGACGAUGUCGGUCACGCUGUAUACUACGCUCGGCGAACUUAAGAUUGAAGUCUUUUGCGAAAGCGUGCCCAAGGCGGCAGAGAACUUUCUGGCUCUAUGCGCCAGUGGAGCGUAUGACGGAGUCAUAUGGCACCGGAAUAUGAAAGGCUUCAUGAUUCAGACUGGCGACCCUACAGGCACGGGUAAAGGCGGCAAGUCAAUAUGGGGAGGCACAUUCGCCGACGAGAUCCGUUCGACGCUCAAGUUCAAUGCUCGAGGCAUCGUCGCAAUGGCCAAUAAGGGACCUGACACGAACAAAGCACAAUUCUUCAUCACCUAUGCCAAGCAGAGCCAUCUUGAUGGGAAAUACACGAUCAUUGGCAAAGUCAUUGAUGGUCUGGACACAACGCUGGACGCUAUGGAAAAAGUCACCGUCAACGAAAAGUUCAGACCGAUCCAUGAGAUUCGACUAACUAGGGUUGAGAUCCAUGCGAACCCUCUGGCAGAUCAAGCGGCUGCGAGGUGACUGAAUCUGCUCAGGCGCUGGGAUAUUUCGCUCGAGCAGGACGCGAUUGCACGCAUUGCAACAUGCGAUGCGAUUGAUGGCACAACAAGAG